CGCUACAGUUUAUAGAAUGGAGUUUCGUGUAAAUCGGUGGUGUUUAUUUAAUCUAAUCAGUUUUUGCACUCUUGUUGAAAAAAAUGAAGGCAUCACACGAACUUUCUUUAUUGGGAUAAGAGAAGAGGACUGGGAUUAUGCACCAGGUGGUUAUAAUCACAUAAACGGGAAACCAGUUACUCAGAAUGAGCAUGCAUCACUGUUCAUGCUUCAAGGUCCCCAUCGGAUUGGCCAUGUGUAUAAGAAAGCCAUAUACAGGCAGUACACAGAUGCGACAUACACACGGGAGAUCCUCAAACCCACUUGGCUGGGUUACCUGGGGCCUGUAAUUCGGGCUGAGGUUGAAGAUGUCAUAGUGAUCCACCUGAAGAACUUUGCCUCCAGAAGAUAUUCAAUUCACCCACAUGGAGUCCACUAUGAGAAAGAUUCAGAGGGGGCCCUAUAUCCAGAUGGAACUUCUGGAGCAAAUAAACUGGAUGAUGGUGUUCCUCCUGGUGGUACAUACACUUAUACAUGGACAGUGGAGCAAAAGUUUGCACCCACUAAAGGAGAUCCCAAUUGUCUGACUUGGGCUUACCAUUCACAUGUGGUGGCCUUCAAAGACAUCUCUUCUGGACUCAUAGGUGCCCUGCUGACUUGCAAGAAAGGGAUCCUGCAGUCUGUUUCUGAAGCAAUGCAUUUCCAGAGAUCAUCAGGGGUUACCUACUCUCAGGUGCAAAGAACAGAUGUGGAUAAGGACUUCCUCCUCUUGUUCAGUGUGGUGAAUGAAAACUUGAGCUGGUACCUAGAUGAAAACAUUCAAACCUUCUGUUUGGAGCCAGCUGAUGUUGACCCCUCUGAUCAAGACUUCCAAUAUUCUAAUCAGAUGAACGCUAUUAAUGGAUAUGUGUAUGGGAACCUUCCUGGGAUUGAGAUGUGCCAGAACAAAAAAAUUUCAUGGCAUUUUAUUGGCAUGGGCAAUGAGGUGGACAUCCACUCGGCACAUUUUCAUGGGCAGACGUUGCUGAUUCAAGGACAUCGUGUUGACAGUGUCAGUGUGUUUCCUGCCUCUUUCAUGACUGCAGAGAUGGAGCCCUUAACACUAGGAAGAUGGCUGCUGAACUGUCAGGUUAACAGCCACUUGCAAGAUGGUAUGCAGGCACUGUUCCAUGUUUCACUGUGUGCUGGGAAGACAAACUCUGUCACUCCUCUGAAUGGAAUAGUGAGGAAGUACUUCAUUGCUGCUGAGCUGGUUCGAUGGAACUACGCCCCAUCAGGGAUAGACAGACUGACUAAGGUUUCACUGACUGAAAGUGGGAGAGAUUCAGAGCUGUAUUUCAGGAAGGAUAAUGGUCAUCUUGGUGGAGAAUAUGCCAAGGUGGUAUAUAGAGCAUACACUGAUCACACUUUUACCAAAAAGAUCAGCACGGAUGCACACCUGGGCAUACUAGGUCCUGUACUAAGAGCUGAGGUUGGGGAUACUUUACAGGUCACAUUUCUGAACAAAGCUGAUAGAAAUUACAGCAUCCAGCCCCAUGGCCUGCAGUACACAAAGUCAUCUGAGGGAGCUGAAUAUGAGGAUGAUACAGAGAAAAAGGGUUCUCACGUGCAUCCAGGAGGUUCCUUCAACUAUACAUGGCAUGUGAGAGAGGCACCUUCUAAGAGUGACCAGUCCUGCAUCUCUUACCUGUACUUCUCCUCAAAUGACCCUGUCAGAGACACCAACUCUGGCCUCUUUGGACCCCUGCUUGUGUGUAAGAGAGGUACACUGAGCUCCAAAAAUACCCAGACGGAUGUGGACAAAGAGUUCUUCUUGCUCUUUUCUGUGAUGGAUGAAAACCUGAGCUGGUAUCUGAACAAGAACAUUCAGAUAUAUGGGACAAAUGAAUCUGACCCAGAGAAUGAAGGAUUUCAGGAAAGCAACAAGAUGCAUGCGGUGAAUGGCUACAUGUACGGGAAUCUACCAGGACUGGAGAUGUGUGCGGGUGAACGGGUCAGGUGGCACCUCUUAGGACUUGGCACAGAAGAGGAUAUGCAUGGAAUUUACUUCCAGGGGAACACCUUCAGCAGAGACGGCAUCACCCGCGACACCCUUGCUGUGUUUCCACACACUGCUGUCAGGGUUUUUAUGAAACCAGAUACAACUGGGCUUUUUGAGGUGAGCUGCAAAGUGAGUGACCAUUACAUGGGAGGGAUGAGGCAGCAGUACAGAGUAAAGAAUUGCGGACACAGCUCGUCUGCUCAUCCCUCUGCUCCCACAGCGCACUACUACAUCUCUUCAGAAGAGAUAGAGUGGGACUACUCACCAAAUCGCACCUGGGAGCUCCAGAACUUCAACACCACAGAGGAAAAUAGUCCAGGCAAUAUAUUUGUGGGGACUGGUGAGAAUAGGCUUGGCUCCAAAUAUAAAAAAGUGGUUUAUAGAGAGUACACUGAUGCCACCUUCAGCACCAGGAAGCAGCGGCAGUCUUCAGAGAAACAUCUGGAAAUUCUGGGUCCAGUCAUCAGAGCAGAGGUCGGUGAAGUUCUUCAUAUUACAUUUCUUAAUAAGGCUAGCCGUCCAUACUCUAUUCAGCCUCAUGGAGUGAAGACUUCACCUCAGAAUCCAAAACCUGUGUUGCCUGGAAGAAUGGGUACAUACCAGUGGAUUGUUCGAGAGAGUUCUGGCCCAGGCGUCUCUGAUCCAAACUGCAUCACAUUUGCUUACUACUCCACUGUGAACUUCAUUAAGGACACAGUCAGUGGGCUAAUUGGACCCCUGGUGAUCUGCAGGAAAGGGACACUAGACCAGAGAAGAAAAAGACAAGAUGUGGAUGCAGAGUUUGCUCUCCUUUUCUUUAUCUUUGAUGAGAACAUGUCAUGGUACCUGGAGCAAAACAUUAAAACCCACUACAACAGCUCAAAACCACUGAUCAGAAAUGAUGACUUUGUAGAGAGUAAUAAAAUGCAUGCAAUUAAUGGCAAGGUGUAUGGAAACCUUCAGGGAUUGAACAUGCAGGUAGGGCAGAAGGUAAACUGGUAUCUGCUUGGGAUGGGUAAUGAAGUGGAUCUGCACACAGUACAUCUACAUGGCCAGACCUUCAUAUACAAGACAGACCUGCCCCACCGGGCCGAUGUGUUUGACUUGUUUCCAGGCAUAUUUCAGACACUGGAGAUGAUGGCAGAGACUGAGGGAACGUGGCUGCUGCACUGCCAUGUGGAUGACCACAUCCAUGCAGGCAUGGAGACCACCUACACCAUCAAAAGUGUUAGACCCUCCAAGCCAGGACAGAAAUCUGGCUGACUGACCGAGAUAGAGCGGUGAUGAAUUUGUGUUGUGAAGGGCCUAUAAAACAAACCUUCCAGACCUGAGGGCGAGUCUCCAAAAUUUUUGUUUUUGUUUUAUAUUAUUAUUACUAUUAUGUUUUAAUAUCAUUUCUACAUAUUUUAUCACUCUAUGUGUACUAAUAAGAAAUGAAAAAUAUUGACCGUUGUACCUUUAAUGUGCUUGUUCUAAUAUGCUGUUUUUUCUGUAGUAACAUCUUAUACAAAGGGACUUGCAUGGAAGGUGCUCCACAUAAUCUAAGAGUAACAAUAAACAAAUAAAAAAUGUGUUUGUUUGUUUUUUAUUAAAUAAUUUUUAUAUGCGUUUAACGAGGUUCGGCAUCAACUUCGUGGUAUUGAGGGCGCUCGCUAUGGAAUACUUCACCCAGCUCGGCUUCGCAUUACAUAUAACGGUGUCCAGAAGGACUUUAUUUCAGCGGAGGAAGCAGGAGACUACGUUAAACUCUUGAUAUCGGGGUGAACUUCAUCACCUAUAUAGUGGAGUUUUUUUUUUUUCACUUUUAUUCUUUUUUUUUUGCACUCGGCCUUCCAGCUCUACAGAAUUCGGAUUCUUAUUGAAGAUAUUGUCGGUGCUUUACUUCGUCUAGAUUUUGUGGACUCACUCCUCUUAAAUUUACUUCUGUAUUAAUGUGCCUCUCUGUUUUGAUGCUCUGACUGGGUUAGGGUUGUUUCCUCAUCUUUACGUGCUACACUGUGUUAUAUUAUUUGUUAAAAGUCUUUAAAAGGUAAGGACAUUAUAUUUGUUAAAGUGCGCAGACUAUUUAUCAGAUUUGAAGUCAGUAGGGGACUUUUCUCUUACUGGAAUUUUUUUUUGUUUAGGUAAUUUAGUUGGUUAGUUCGGCUUACUCUUGGUGGGAAACACUGCUGUCUCCCUUUGUUUUAUGGAGACUUGGGGUGUGUUGGGGGGUCCCACUCCGGCUGGGACAGGCACGCCUUUAAGAUUUAUUUGUUGGAACGUCAGAGGAAAUCCUGUCAAGAGAUCUAAGGUUUUUACAUAUUUGAAACGUUUUCCACUCGAACUUUAAUUUGAAAGUAGGAGGGGUUGCUAUUUUAAUUGACAAAAGGUUACAGUUUUCGUCCACUAACGUUAUCGCUGAUGCGAACGGUAGAUAUAUUAUAGUUGCUGGUACUCUAAUGCAAAGACAGGUAUUGUAUACUCUCCUAACUUAGAUGAAUUUAUUAUUUUUAUUUAUUUAUUUAUUUAUUUAUUUAUUUAUUUAUUUAUUAUUAUUAUUAUUAUUAUUAUUUAUAAAUGGCAUCCCUUUAUUGUAUACUUUAUGGAGUUACAGACACUUCCCACUUAAAUUUUUGUGCCUGUUCUUGGGUUUUAUAAUAUUUAUAUAACCAGCGACAGUUAUUGAGUAGCCAUGAUCAGCCGGGGGGUGGCAGGGGAUGGGUUUUUGGUACUUUUAAUUUGGUUUUCGUUUUUUUUUUUCUUUUUUUUUUUCUUCCUCUUCUUCUUCUCAAUGAAAUAUUUGGGAAAGAUAAGGGAGGAGAGAAGAGAAAAGGUAAAUGAAUCACAUGAAAAUGAAUCACAUGUAAAUGAAUCACAUGAAAAUGAAUCACAUGUAAAUUAAU